AUGGCUAUAAAGUUAAACCGUAUUAAUAGGUGGCUGCCCAUUCGCGGCUAUUUAAAGAACAAAUGGAGCAUUUAUAUUCACUUUUCUAAUCGGCACGUUAACUAUUACACUGCUUGGUUGUAUACAACCAAAGAAGACAGAAACUACAUUCAGUCUCCUGAUUAUCCUGACUUGGCCAACUCUGGUCCACCGAGAACCAUGUCAGCGAGUCAAGCUCGAAAACAACCAAGUGUACCAGCAGCCACAAGCGACCACGAUGACGAAUCUUCCAGUGCCGCAAGCGAGGAAGAAAGGGAGGGUGAAGAAAAGGAGACAGAGGAAGGCAGGCGGGCUAGCAAAGCCGUUAAGCGAAAGCGUUCCCGACGUUUAAGUAGCUUUGAAGUUUCGAAAAUAAUCAUCGAUAAAGGAAUCCGUAACAGAACGGAACUACUCGCACUCGCUAACGUGCAAAAAGCCGAGGGCAAAACAGACCUGGCGGAGUUCGUGUUCAACAGAGGAAAUAGGGUGGUGGAAGAAGUGAUCGCAACUUCGUGGGAAAUGGAGAACGCGAGUGACGUGAUUGAGCGGAGCAAAUUAACAAGGCUGGAGCUCUUAGAGAAGUCGCUAGAAGAUCCUUCUGUCGAUCAAUGUAACGGGCAGUGGCUACAGUUGCCGAACCAGAUUCUUAGGUGGAACGACGUGUCGCGGGAGGCCUUCUCAGAAUUCUAUUCAAGGGCCCCGCCAACACUAGCCUCCCACGCAGGCGUUUUAGGGGAGCUGUUAAAAACGACCUUCUGGAAAAACAGGCUAAACACGGAGGGUUUUCCUUCUUUUCUUUCCUUCGAAAAGGUUAUGCAACGGAGUUUCUAAAUUUUGAAACAUUUUGCUAUUCAAGGGCCCCUUCGGUUGAGCAGGCGUUUGUGGGGAGGGAUGAAAACGCCAACACUGGAAAACACUGGAAAAACAUUUUUACUGAACCCUUUAAACAUUGUGUACAGGUCAUUCAGUAACCCAGCUACAUCCACUUUUGCGCGGGUAGACUAG